AUGAUCAAAUCACAGCGUGAUCCCCGAUGGCCAGUACCGAUUACGCCAGAUCUGCCUGCAAGAGAUGUUUGUGACACUCUUGUUGAUUGUUACCUCCAAACGACGGAAAGGAUCUACAGGGUCGUGCAUAUCCCGACCUUCAGAAGAGAUUAUGCAAAAAUCUGGUCAUCCGAGACCCAACCUGAUUCGAUGUUUCUGGUUCAGCUCAAGCUGGUGCUCGCUAUUGGAACGACAACCCAUGAUGAUGACUUUUCGCUACGCUCUUGGGCUACACAAGCGGUUUUUGAGGCUCAAACAUGGGCCUCCGAGCCAGAAUACAAGGCUCGACUUGGCAUUCCUUUCUUGCAGAUCCAGAUCUUGUUACUGAUAGCCCGGGAGCUCAUUGGUGUGGACGGAAGAAUGGUCUGGGUGUCAGCUGGAGCAUUGAUCCGAACGGCUAUGUACAUGGGGAUGCAUCGAGACCCGGCAUGUAUUCCAAAGAUGUCAAAAUAUGCGCUUGAGAUGCGCAGAAGAUUAUGGAACACCAUUCUGGAAGUUUGUCUACAGUCCAGUAUGGAGUCCGGGGGUGUUCCACUCCUAUCUCUGGAUGACUUCGACACAGAGACACCGGGAAACUUUGAGGACGAGCAGCUUGAAGUAGAGGACUCGACCCCUCACCCAGAGAGCAAAUUCACAUCGGUAUCAAUUGCUAUUGCUUUCCGAAAGAUGUUCCCGAUACGUCUUGCGAUCGCAAAAUUCCUGAACGAUGUACGUUCCCAAGGCUCUUAUGAAGAAGCACUUCUCCUUGAUGCGCGACUCAGAUCUUGUUACAAAGGAUUGUGUGGGACCCUUCGCGGACACAUCUCGAGGUCCGCCCAAGAUUCAAUUUCGAGGUUUGAGCUUCUUGUACUGGAUUUCAUUAUGCGUCGCUAUAUCCUCUCCAUUCACAUCCCUUUCUUCGGCCCGUCCAUGCGCGAAACGGCCUACGCCUUUUCCCGGAAUGUUGUCGUUGAGACCGCACUCAAACUAUUCACCUCCACCCGCGGACCACAGUCACCUGGCCAAACCGAGUUCUCCCGGCUGGUGAUAAAUGGUUCUGGAUUCUUUCGCACAGCACCCGUGCACGCGUGUUUCCUGAUAUCAGUAGAAUUAAAAACACGAAUAGAGGAAGAAGAGGGUUUGGGUCUCUUGAAUAUACGGCCUCAUCUGCUUGCAGUUUUGCAUGACGCGAAAGCCUUGAACUUGCGUUGCAUAGAAGUGGGAGAGACCAACAUCAAGGGCUACUUAUUCAUGUGUCUCGCGGUAGCACAAAUUGAUGCUCUAAUGCGAGACGCCCCAAAAGAGGAGAUCCCAUUGUUACUCAUAAAAGCUGCUGAAGACGCGGAAGAGAUUUGCUUGCCAAUUCUCGAGCGUCUUGCAGCAAAAGGUCAAAAUGAGAAAACCGGGGAAGGGUUGGAUUCUUCCACAAACCAGCUUCCUGAAAUGGUAGGAGACUGGGACUUUAUGGUGAGCAUAGAUCCUUUUCAUUAA